GAUAGAGAGAGAGAUAGAUCGGUAGAAAACAAAAACAAAAACAAAAAAGAAAUAAAAAGAAGGGGGAGAAGAGAAAUGGCAGGGGUUCUUGUGAAAGAGGGGAUCUGAUCUUUCCUUUUCGCGUUGAAUUCUCUUCCUCCUUUAUAAUACCAACUUUUUUCAUUUCAUUUUUCUUUUUUUUUUCAAAAAAAAUUUUGUGUGAAGAGACAAGAAAAUAAGAAAACCCAAAGAUAGAUCACUUAAAGCAAAGAAAGAAGGUUACAAGCUCUAUCUAUCUACUAAGCUAUUGCUUUCUUUCAUUUUUGUUUUUGCCUGUAAAAAGCUUUCAUUUGGUGAUUCAUUUCAGUUUGUCUAUUUCCAUAACCUCUUCCUCCCUUCUUCUUCUCCUUCUCCUUCUCCUUCUUAGAUAAUAAAAAAGGUUCAGCAGAAAAAAAAAAAAUUACACACACUAAAACAUAGAUACCAAGAAGAAGAAGAAGAAAUACUACUAAUAAUAAAUGAGAGCAGGAUUAAGCACGAUCCAACAGACCCUGACGCCGGAGGCGGCCAGCGUGUUGAACCAUUCGAUAGCUGAAGCCAGCCGUAGGAAUCACGGCCAAACGACGCCGCUCCAUGUGGCGGCAACACUCCUCGCAUCUCCCACCGGAUUCCUUCGCCAAGCAUGUAUCAAAUCGCACCCCAAUUCGUCUCAUCCCUUGCAGUGUCGAGCUUUGGAGCUUUGUUUCAGCGUGGCGUUGGAACGCCUUCCCACUGCUCAAAACGCCAAUAGUAGCAGCCCGGGACUCGACCCACCAAUCUCCAAUGCCUUGAUGGCUGCUCUUAAACGUGCUCAAGCCCACCAACGCCGUGGAUGUCCCGAGCAACAACAGCAACCGCUUUUGGCUGUUAAAGUGGAAUUGGAACAGUUAAUUAUAUCGAUUCUUGAUGAUCCAAGUGUUAGUAGAGUCAUGCGGGAAGCUAGUUUUUCGAGUCCAGCAGUCAAAGCAACCAUUGAACAAUCAUUGAACUCAACGAGUUCAAACUCAGCUAACACGGCCGGUCCAAUCGGAUUGGGGUUCAGACCGGUUGUAGCUGCUGCUUCCGCAGUUGCCGCGCCUUCAGCCAAUCGGAAUAUGUAUUUGAAUCCGAGGUUACAACAAGGGGCAGCCGGGCAGUCCGGGCAGCAAAGGAGUGAAGAAGUGAAAAGGGUGAUCGAUAUUUUGAUGAGGAGUAAGAAGAGGAACCCGGUUUUGGUUGGUGAACCGGAGCCGGAAUUGGUGGUGAAGGAGAUUUUGAGGAGGAUUGAGAGUAAGGAAAUCGAUGGGGUUUUGAGAAAUGUUGAGGUGGUUCAUUUGGAGAAAGAUUUCGCAUUGGAUAAAACCCAAAUGGUUGCGAAAAUUAAAGAGUUGGGUACUCAAGUUGGAGCGAAGAUUGGGAAUUUGGAUUGUGGAGGGGUGAUUCUUUAUUUGGGUGACUUGAAAUGGUUAGUGGAGAAUAACCAGCAGGUGGGUCUUGGCGUUGGGGUUCAACAGCAGCAGGUGGUAUCGGAAGCGGGGCGUGCUGCGGUGGCAGAGAUGGGGAAGUUGUUGGGAAGGUUUGGGGAAGGGAGUGGGAGAGUAUGGUUGAUUGGAACUGCUACUUGUGAAACUUAUUUGAGAUGUCAAGUUUAUCAUCCUUCAAUGGAAAAUGAUUGGGAUCUGCAGGCUGUUCCUAUUGCUGCCAGAGCACCCUUGCCGGGAAUAUUUGCAAGGCUUGGAAGCAAUGGAAUACUUAGCAGCUCUGUUGAGUCCCUAUCCCCAUUGAAGGGGUUUGCAACUACAGCUGCUCAACCUAGGCAACUUUCUGAGAACUUGGACCCUGCUCGAAAAAUAGGCUGUUGCCCACAGUGCAUGCAGAAUUAUGAUCAAGAACUUGUAAAACUUGUAGCAGCCAAGGAGUUUGAGAAAUCCUCCUCUGAUAUUAAGUCAGAAUCAACUCGGCCAGCAUUGCCACAGUGGUUGCAGAAUGCUAAGGCCCAUGAUGGUGAUGUCAAAACAGAUCAGACGCAGACCAAGGAUCAAGAGACGAUUUGGAAGCAGAAGACUCAGGAAUUGCAGAAGAAAUGGAAUGACACAUGUUUGCGUCUCCAUCCUAAUUUUCAUCAGCCCAGUCUAGUCUCUGAGAGAUUCACUUCUACAGCUCUCUCAAUGACGAGCUUGUGUAAUUCACCUCUGCUAGGACGGCAACCUUUCCAACCCAAAUUACAAUUGAACAGGAACAUUGGGGAGACAUUGCAACUGAAUCCAAAUCUAGUAGCUAGCCAACCAAUGGAACGGACAAGUAGCCCACCAGGAAGCCUUGUAAGGACAGACCUUGUUCUUGGGCGACCAAAGAUCACCGAGACCUCACCAGAAAGAAUGCAUAAAGAGCGGGUGAGGGACCUUUUGGGCUGCAUACCUUCUGAACCACAGAACAAGUUCCAAGAUUUGCAAAGCGGCAAACUGUUGAACACAUUAGAUGCUGACUUAUUAAAGAAACUCCUUAAAGGUCUAAUAGAGAAGGUAUGGUGGCAGCAGGAUGCAGCAUCUGCAGUGGCUACAACUGUGACACAGUGUAAAUUAGGCAAUGGAAAACGGCGGGGUGCUGGAGCAAAGGGUGACAUUUGGUUGUUGUUUACUGGCCCUGACAGGGUUGGCAAGAAGAAGAUGGCAUUGGCCCUCUCAGAUCAAGUAUGUGGGGCGCAUCCAGUGGUGAUAUGUCUUGGUUCAAGACGUGAUGAUAUGGAAUCCGAUGUGAGUGUCCGUGGUAAAACGGUGCUGGAUAGAAUAGCAGAGGCAGUUAGGAGGAACCCUUUCUCAGUAGUAAUGCUUGAAGAUAUCGAUGAAGCAGAUAUGCUAGUUAGAGGCAGCAUAAAACGAGCAAUGGAGAGAGGUCGACUUGCUGAUUCUCAUGGUCGUGAGAUCAGUCUAGGAAAUGUUAUUUUUAUUCUCACUGCAAAUUGGCUGCCAGAUAAUCUUAAAUUCUUAUCAAAUGGUAUUUCCCUGGAUGAAAAGAAGCUUGCCAGUUUAGCAAGUGGAAGUUGGCAAUUAAGGUUAUCCCUUUCUGAGAAAACUGCAAAGCGCCGGGCCAGUUGGCUACAUGAGGACAGAGCAACAAAGCCACGGAAGGAAACUGGUUCGCCACUAUCAUUCGAUCUUAAUGAGGCUGCUGAUGUGGAGGACGAUAAAGCUGAUGGAUCACACAAUUCCAGCGAUCUCACAGUGGAUCAUGAAGAAGAACAUGGCCUCACUAAUAGGCUAUUAUGCAACUCAACAUCAUCAGUAUCUCGUGAGCUGCUCAAUUCUGUGGAUGAUGCCAUUGUCUUUAAACCUGUAGAUUUUGGUCCCAUUAGACGCGAUAUAGCAAACUCCAUAAUGAAAAAGUUUUCCAGCAUUAUUGGUGACAGGCUAACAAUUGAGAUCUUAGAUGAAGCACUGGAAAAGAUUACGAGUGGAGCAUGGAUAGGCCGAACUGGAUUAGAAGAAUGGACAGAGAAAGCAUUGGUCCCAAGCUUGCAACAGCUGAAAACACGAUUGCCUGCAUCAGAUGAGUCUCUGGUCGUUCGACUUGAACUCGAUGAUGAAUCUGGUAACCGAAGUUAUGGAGAUUGGCUGCCCAGUAGUGUGAAGGUGGUAGUGGAUGGGUUCUGAUGGUGAGGAGGAUUAGUAUUUACUAGCUCAAAAUUCAGUGAGGGGAUACAGUUGGUAUUUCCUCACUUGUGUUGGAUAGAGAUGUAAAUAUAGUCAACUGUUUUGGCGGGGGAGGGCGAAGACGGUUGAGAGAGGUAAAGAGUUGAAAACAGUUAGAAGAGGGAGACGUUGAUAGAUUAACGGUACCUUUAUUUAGUAGCCAGACAAUGUCUCCUCCUUCCCCCUUUUU